UAACUACUUGAUGGCGCCAAAAGUUUAAGAAAUUUUAGGCGACUUAGCCAUGAGCUCCACCACCCCUUUGGCCACCACCACCGCUCCAACCCGCCACCACCCACCGUCAAUCGACAGACUCACAUCCCUACUCGACAAGCCCCACUCAGUCCACCACCUCCUCCAAACCCACGCGCUUCUCCUCCGCCACAAUAUCCACACUCACCCAAUCCUCAACUUCAAGCUCCAACGCUCCUACGCCUCCUUCAACCGCCUCGACUACUCCGUCGCCCUCUUCCGCCGCACCCAAAACCCCACCGUCUUCUUCUGGACCUCCAUCAUCAACUCCCACUCCAAACGCGGCCUUCACGACUUAGCUCUCACGUACUACACCGAAAUGGUCACCAACGGAGUCGAACCUAAUUGCUUCACUUUCUCUGCAUUGUUGAAAUCGUGCCCCAUUAUCGCCGGCAAAGCCCUUCAUUGUCAGACAAUUAAGUUGGAGUUUGAUUCACAUGUGUAUGUCAGGACCGGCCUUGUGGAUGUGUAUGCAAGAGGAGGAGAUGUUGCGGCUGCUAGACUGCUGUUUGAUACAAUGCCUGAGAGGAGUUUGGUUUCGUUAACGACGAUGAUUACUUGCUACGCGAAGCGAGGAGAGGUGGAUGAGGCGCGGGCGCUGUUUGAUGGGAUGAAAGAGAGGGAUGUGGUGUGUUGGAAUGUGAUGAUUGAUGCGUAUGCGCAGCAUGGGAUGCCGAAUGAGGCUUUGUUGCUGUUUCGUAGAAUGGUUGUGGAGAAAGUUAAGCCGAAUGGAGUGACUGUGCUGUCGUUGCUCUCUGCUUGUGGGCAGAUUGGUGCUCUUGAGUCUGGUAGGUGGGUUCAUUCGUAUGUUGAGAAUAAUGGGAUUCGGAUUGAUGUGCAGGUUGGUUCAGCUUUGAUUGAUAUGUAUUGUAAGUGUGGUAGUUGGGAGGAUGCGCGGCUGGUUUUCGAUAGGAUUGGUGGGAAGGAUGUUGUUGUUUGGAAUUCGAUGAUUGUUGGGUAUGCAAUUCAUGGAUUGAGCCUAGAGGCAUUGGAGUUGUUCAGUGAGAUGUGUAGACUUGGGUACCAGCCUACGGAUAUAACAUUCAUUGGUGUCUUGAAUGCUUGUGCUUAUGCUGGUUUGGUCAGUGAGGGAGAAGCUUUCUUCAGUUCAAUGAAGGAUGAAUAUGGGAUCGAACCAAAGAUUGAGCAUUAUGGAUGCAUGGUCAAUCUUCUCAGCCGUGCUGGGAAAGUAGAAGAAGCGUAUGAGUUUGUCAAGAGCAUGAAGAUUGAGCCUGAUCCAGUCUUAUGGGGGACUUUGCUAGGAGCCUGUAGACUCCAUGGUAAUAUUUCUUUGGGAGAAAAGAUAGCAGAGUACCUUGUUGGACAAGACCUUGCGAAUUCGGGGACAUAUAUACUUCUUUCUAACAUCUAUGCCGCAGCUGGGAACUGGGAUGGGGUGGCAAAGGUGAGGACCUUGAUGAGAAACAGUGGGAUUCAGAAGGAGCCUGGUUGCAGCUCGAUCGAAGUGAAUAACAAGGUACAUGAGUUCGUUGCUGGAGAUAAGAAGUGUCCGAGGAGCAGAGAGGUAUACGCCAUGAUCGAGGAGAUAAAUGGGUGGCUUAAGGCCGAGGGCUACACCCCACAGACAGAAACAGUGCUGCAUGAUCUAGCGGAGAGGGAAAAGGCACAAUCCCUUGAAGUUCAUAGUGAGAAGCUUGCAAUCGCUUUCGGGCUGAUCAGUACUCAGCCUGGAACUACCCUCAAAAUCGUGAAGAACCUCCGUGUCUGUUCCGACUGUCAUGCUGUGACCAAGUUGAUUUCAAAAAUCACUGGAAGAAAGAUUGUGAUGAGGGACAGAAACAGGUUUCACCACUUUGUAAAUGGUUCUUGCUCUUGUGGUGAUUACUGGUAACUAAAAAUUACCACCUACUCAUACCUUGGCA